CGAAAUCGAUAUCAAUCAGCUGAGUUUUUGUUUUGUAAUUUUUUGAGCGGCUUAAAUUAAUUCAAUUCCGACCACACCGCUUGCAAUUAAUGUGAAACUCUGCCUACAAAACCCACAAGAACACCAGAUUCCAAAACCAAGACUCAACCUCAACCCAAUAAGAACCACCUAGCCGGCGGCGGCGGACUGAGCGAUGAGUUUCCCGGACAAGGCGGAGCGCGCCAAGUGCUGGAACAACCGUGACGAGUACUGGAAGUGCCUGGACCAGCAUGCGCCCAAGCAUAGCUCCACCAGUGGCGAAAAGGUGCCCAGCGCCUGCCAGAGUCUACGCAAGGCCUUUGAGCAAUCGUGUCCCGGCCAAUGGGUGAAGCAUUUCGAUCGCAAACGCACCUAUGAGCAGUUCAAGGAGAAGAUGGCCACCGGCUACGAUCCACUGGAGGAGCGCACAAAGGCCCAGGCUCAGCAGCAGGCCAAGUAACCUCUAAAAAUGGGAGUUGCUGGCCUAACUUGUUGUUUUUUUUACUGUUCGAAGUGUAGUGUAAAUAAAUAAACCUAUAGCUAUAUGACUACAAAAA